AUGGGUGACAGGGGACGUUUGUCAGAGCUCCUGGCAGAGAGGCAGAGUGGCACCAGGGAAAGCACAGCCCCCUCGGAUGCAGGGCAGAGCCAUGACAGGGUCCUGCUUUCCUGGACAGGGAUGAUGGCCACGAAGCCUGAUGCCCCUGGGAAGCCACCACACGGCUCCGGUACCCACAUACCCCACGCACCAGGAGGUGGCAUCCCCGCCGCGGGCCGUGGGUCUGAGGGCUCCCCUCGCCCUCCCCUCGGCAGCGUGUCCCAGGCGGAGGACGCCAGGGCAGAGCGGCGCAGCCCGGGCCGGGGCAGCCAGCGGCUGGAGUGCAUCAUCUGCUACUGCUCCUACGACCUGAGCGGCCGCCUGCCGCGCAGGCUCUACUGCGGCCACAGCUUCUGCCAAGCCUGCCUGCGGCGCCUGGACGCGGUGGCCAACGAGCAGCGCUGGAUCCCCUGCCCGCAGUGCCGCCAGAACACCCCCACGCCCCGCGGCGGCGUGGCCAUGCUGGACCUCGACCUGCCAACCUUCCUCGCUGUCAAGGCUGACAAGGAACAGCCCCGGCCGGCCGGCAGGGCCCGGCCAGACCUGGCCACCAAGGGCUCGGGCAAAGAGAAGGUGGUCACGCAGCAGCCGCUGGGGCUGUGCCAAGAUGUGGUGCCCCCGGGCUCGCUGCCCCGCCGCGGGUGCUGCCGGCCCUGCCUGUGCUGCGGGGUCACAGCUGCCUUCGAGGGCUGAGCACCGGGAGGGAGCUGCGGGUGCUGUGCUGCCAGCUGAGCCCCUGGGGUGCAGCCUGGCACCGGUUCUGGGGGAUCCAUGCCGUGCCUCACACCCACCUGUGGACAGUAGUGGUGGGGCUGUGCUGGUAGCCUGGGAAGGGCUUCAGCUUGCUCAGGCCUUGCUGGCCACCCUGCCAGGA